AUGUCAUCUGAACAGGAUGAUUUAUCAAAUCUUCCAUAUAAGUCAAUCGAACAUAUGAUUACUUAUGAAGAUAAAAUAUGGUAUCGUUAUCUGAAAUUAAGUGGUUAUAGUACGAGACUGUCAAUCAAACCAAAACCAUUGAAACUAGCUGUAGGAUCGGUCUGCAAUGGUCCCGAUCCUAGAAAGAAAUCCGAAAAACCAUUGCAGAAACGCAAAAAUCCAUCAUGUCCAGUUAUGAUAAAAACAUCAGUUAAUGAAAAACGAGUUGAAACUAUGGUGGAUACAGGAUCCGCGGUCUCAAUAAUUCAUGGAGAGCUGUAUCAAAAACUUGCAAAGAAACAACAAACGCUGCUAAGAUCUAGUACACAUCAGACAGCCAACAGCACAGAUCUUACUACAAUUCGACGAGCUUAAUUGAAGUUAAACUUGAAGAUAGGAGAGCUGGUUACGUUACCACAUAUACUAUCAUAGUAGACGUUGAAAUAUCAUCACAAUUAUGUACAUCUCUCUUGCUUGGCCGUAACGGACAUUUGAAAAUAAUAUUGAUAUUUUGGAAUCUCAAAACCGUAUUCAAGUAAACCGAUAAAACUUUUAUGUAUCAUUUGAGGAUUGUGAUGACCAAUACUAUUCAGUCUAUGUACUGAAAAACAUUACCUUGAAACCAAAUGAACAACAGUUUGUACCAGUUCGCACGUCAGUCCCGAUGGCAAAUACACUCUUUUCCGACAAAUUGGCUACAAACGAAAAUACCACCACAUGUAAACAGUGCAAUCAAUCAUUUUCAGCACGUAGUCAAUUGCUUCAACAUUUGUACAAAAACAAACAUUUUAUACC